AUGAACAACAUCUCGACAAAAUCAGAGAAAAUCUGUAUUAUUGAUUCCGUUAUUGAAUCUUCUGCAGCUGACGACAAGCCCUCAGAAGCAAUCGAGGGCCAAUUAGAGUUGAGUCUCUUAUAUCUAUCCUCUGAUGAUAUUAAUGAUAGGGAAAUAUCUUAUUUAUAUAUCAAAUUUCCAUCCAAUGUUGAGGUUCCCAUUCCAAAGGAUUCGAUAAUAAACAACCCGUUAAACAAAAUCUAUUGUUUUCAACUUCUUGAAUUAUUAGAUCAUUCAAUUAAAUUGGAUUUUAGGAAUGUGUCAGAUGAGCAAGUUGAGUACUUUGAAUCAAUUUUGAUUAAUCACACGUCUUUCAAGAUUAACAAGUCGUUUCAACUGGCUCCUUCUUUGCCUGAAAGAAGUUUAUCCAGUUUUAAUGACGAGAAACACUUAUCUAGUGCAAAUUUUCAAGAACGAAAAUUCACUGAUCCUAAUUAUCUUAAUAAUGAUGAGAGCUAUAGUCAGGGUCAAUUGAUUCUUGUUGAUAGUCAAACUGGAAAUCAAAUUGGUAAAAUUUCCAAUGUCCAAGGCAAUGUUUCUUCUAAUAAACUGGAUGCCCCCGUUGAGAUUGUUCUACCUGAGAAUGACAGCAAUAAUUAUUAUUAUACUAAUAAUCAAGAUGAGCAAGCUGGUCAAACUAAUAAACCUUUAUAUAUCCAGCCCAUAGAUCCCAAUGAUAAGAUCAUAUAUACUUCAACGUUGAUCUCAAAUGGGUUAAUUUACACGUCGUCUGCGGUAUCUAAUGCUUUACACGGUGCAGCUAGUUUUUAUAUUAAUAAUUCCAAACCAGCGGAUGAACCAGUUCAUUUUGAUCCUUCAACAAAAAAAAGAGUUGAAACUUUUACAAAUAUCACGUCAACUGGUAGACAAAUAUCCUCAAAGGCUGUUAGUAUAGUAUCUAGUGCUGCUCAUUCUUUAGGUGCCAAAUUAAAUGAAAAAGCCGGUGAAAGAGAUAUAAAUAAGAAACCUGGCUUAAUUAAAACCGGUUUGUUGGCGUUUUCAACCAUUUUGGAUGGUACUGAUAUUGCUUUGCAAAAUUUAUUACAUGGGGCCUCAACAUCAACAACUAGAGUCAUUGACCAUAAAUAUGGCAAUGAGGCAAGGGAUAUCUCUGCUAAUAUCGGAAGGGGCGUUUCGAGUUGUGCCUUGAUUUAUGUUGAUGUCAGGGGAAUCAGUAGAAGAGCUAUUAUUAAAUCUGUUGGAAAAGGUGCGAUCAUUGGAAAUAUAGGCGAUAAAAAAGUCGUACUACAAGAUUCUGCUCAUGUUGAAAUUCAAAAUAAAUCCGAUAACAACAACAACAGUUCAAGUUCUGUAAAUCUUUUAACUAAUCACACCAAUGAAACUGAUAAUAAUAAUAAUAUUAAUAAUAAUAUUAUUAUUAAUAGUAAAUCAAUUAAUCUAUCUCCAAAAGAUGAGGAGGAUCUUUAUUCUGCCCCCAAACCCUCAAAGGCUCCGGAAUUACCCCCUAGAGAAAACUUCGACAUUAAAAAGUACAACCAAUAUGACUAUAUUUAA